AUGGAGUUCGCGGAUACCUCGCAUCCGCCGCCUCCCACUGGACGCCGUCCAGGCAUCCCGCCGAACGUCAUGAAGACGACUCGACCGUUGCAAGAUCUCAACGGGCCUCGUCGGCAGCAGCCGCGCACCACCGACCCACCGGAGGCUCACCACGAAUGGUGGAGGUCCUAUCAGGACCGCAUCCCGGUGUGGAUGGAGCGCGCGCAGGAUGGCGGACCGGCUCUGGUCUCAGCGCAGUUCUUUGUGUACGCGCGGAACCCGAUUGCUCGGAACCGCGGAGUACCGGAGCGGGCACGCUGGGUCCAGCUGGCCACUGCACUGUUUUUGGUGCCGGGACUGUAUUGGCACAUUCUACAGCACUGGCAGCUGCAGCCCCAAGGCCCGUACACUCAUGCGUACUACACGGGGUCGCUCGACGACGACGACCUAACCGUCUUCCAUAAGGCGCACUGGUACGCUUCCCGGGGACUCACGGUCGCCGUCGCCGACCUGUUCCAACGUCCGGUGCACCGCGCUCGUGCUCAGCAGGCGGGUUUGGACGCCAACACCAAUGUCCUGGCGUUCCCUGGGGUCGUCUCGGCGACGAGCGCAGGCCCUGUGCCGCCCAUAGCAUCGCUGGGCAUGCGCGGCUUGGCGGUCAACCCCGCACUCGCCUUCUUGCCAGCUGCACCUGUCACCGUGCCUGCCGUCGCACCUGCGCCCGCACCCACUACGACACCCGCACCCGCUCCCGCACCCGCACCUGCACCAUCAACCGCACCGACCCCGGUGCCAAACCCCGCCGCGCCCAUUCAGAUGGACGUCGACCAAUCGGCUCACACGGUCGACAACAUCGACCACGACGCGGCGCGACAAGAGCCUGACGGGGAGACAGCAACCCCGGAGGGUGGCAACCCCACGGAGCAGAUGGACGAAGAGUCCUGA